AUGAUCUUCCUCCUUCUCCACCUGCUCAUCACAACUACCGGUUCCGGUGGAUCGCCGGCUUACACUCCCCCCGACCAUAUCCUUCAUAACUGCGGAGGAGCAUCGGAGCAGGAUUCCAAUGGCCUCAACUGGACAUCUGACGCCUACUACCCUGAAUGCCUUCCCCCAAAUGAGCCAGAUAAAUCAGUAACUUUCAAGGCUAAGGCUAAGGCUGCAGCAGCAGUCGGUUCAUCGGCUGAGUACUUCCUGACAAGGCGAUUAACGACGAAAUCCGACGUGUUUGCGUUCGGAGUGGUGCUGUUCGAAGUGCUCUCCGGUCGGCCGGCGCUGGACAUGAGACUCGUGGUGGAGCAGCACAGCCUAGCUACUUGGGCGGUAGAGUGCAUCAGAAAAGGAGAAAUUGAUAAAAUGUUUGAGCGGUGUUUGGUGGGGCAAAUGUCUCCGGCGUGCUGGAAGGUAUUCGUGGGAAUCGCAGGAAGAUGCUUGCUUAGAGAACCACGCCAACGGCCUCACAUGGCGGAUGUAGUCAAGAAUCUUGAAUUAGCACUGGCCUUGCAACAACGGGCGGCGCGGAAUUAG